AUGUCCGUCCUUUGCCAGCGAGUGCUGCUGCUAGCAUCGGUUGCGAGUGCUGCACAGCUGCCGCGGCUUCACCCUACUGCUGCUUCAUCGCUGGGCGAGGGCACAUGGUGGGCCAAGGUGGGUGAUCACCUUGUGCACGCUCCAGCCACUGACAGUGGCCUUAGCUCCAAUGUUGGGGAUUACUACUAUGCCUACGGUUCGCAUGGAGCGUUGACAGACGAACUCCACGAGAAGCGUGUCGGCGGCGCAGGCCGCUUGCACAUCUUCCACCUUCCGGAGGGCAAGGACUCUCUGGCCACGCAGCUGCCAAAGGUGGCUGGACGCCGGGAUUCCGUCAGCGCACUGGUGCAGCUGAACCAUCAGGAUGUGCUUUCAGAUGCACGGCUUUUCCCGGCCUACGAUGUGCCGAAGGAUUACAGCUCCGGCUUGUCUUCGGCUGGUGAGCGCGUGGAAAAGCAGGCAGUCGACUCCAUUACGCCGAGCUCGGCCAUGCGCCAGCUCAAGGAGCUGGUGGCUCUGGGCGAUGGCUCCACCCAGACUCGGAGCUACUCGAAUCCAACGGCGUCUGCCAAUUCAGUUAGCUUUCUUGAGAAGAAGUUCAAGGAGAUGGGGUACUCUGUGUGCAAGCAGCAGUUUGGAGAGCAAACCUCCGUGGUCGCGAGUCUUCAGGGUAGCGAUGCCGGCGCGGGCUCCGUGACUCUAGGAGGACACUACGACUCACGACCCUUCGAGGGCCUAGCACCUGGCGCUGUGGACAACGGCAGUGGUGCCGCUGCGGUGCUCACAAUUGCCAAGGCGCUGGCGGAUGCCAAGGUCAAGCCUCAAAAGAGUAUUUUCUUCGCGGCUUUCGCCGCCGAAGAGCCUGGACUGCUUGGCUCCGAGGAGUAUGCCAAUCGUCUCAUGAAGUCAUCAGCAGGCACCAGCUUCGCAGAGGCCGGCUCGAACUUCAGCCAGCAACUCUUCACCAGGCUUUGUGGCGAGGAGCCGGCCUCUUCUUUCUUAGAGGCCAACACUCGGGGGAAGGGUUCCCGAAACAAGGCCAAGCAUCAGGCCCUCGUCAUGGAUGAGAUUGCAUGGCGCAGCACGAACAUAAAAGCGAGCACAGGCCCGGUGGUCAACCUUGAGUCGUAUGAUUGGGCUAAAGAUGUGCUCGACCACCUCGCGGGUGCCAGCCAGGCACACAAUGGAAAGAGCUUGAAAGUAACGCACAGUAACAAUCCUUUCGGAUCUGAUCACAUCAGUUUCUUGCAGAAAGGCAUCCACAGUGUUCUUUCUAUCCAUGGGGAUGACGAGGGCUACCCCCACUACCACCAGUCUGCAGAUAAUUUAGAUCAGGUGGACCCCUCGCUCUACGCCAUGAUCACCAAGAUGAAUGCCGGUGCCCUCCUCCGCCUUGCCGGCAUUGAUGCAUGA